AUGUUUUCUAGUGAUGGAUUUUUAAAUGAUAAAUUUUCGAAUAAAGGACCAAGUCAAACACAUAUUUUUACAUCAUUUCCAAAUUCUGCUGUUGAUCCCGAUGAUGAUUCUUCAUUAGACAAUAAAUCGAAUAAUGAUCAAUUAUAUGGAUAUAAUCCAUCAAAUACAGAGCAACUACCAUUACCAGCAACUGUAAAUAAUACAAAAAAUGAACAAUUGAAUAUUUGGCAAAUUGAAUAUUAUCAAAAAUAUUUUCAAAUUGAUACACAACAAAUAUUGGAACGUUUAGUUGCUUCCGUAACACCACAACCAAAUAAAUCUUAUUUUAAUUCAACUAUUCGACAAAAUCCGGAUUUAUAUGGACCAUUUUGGGUUUGCAUUACAUUUAUAGUAACUGUAGCUAUUGGUGGAAAUAUUCUAACAUAUUUUCGUACACCUGAUAGUGAAUUUCAAAUAGAUUUUUCUAAAAUUACUUUAUCAGCUAUUCUCAUAUGUUUUUAUUGGUGGUUAAUGCCAACAUGUAUUUAUUUUUUCUUUCGAUGGCAUCUUCAACGUAUCGAAUACAUAUUUAUUGAAUUACUUUGCAUUUAUGGUUAUAGUUUAACAAUAUUUAUUCCAGUUUCAAUUCUAUGGAUGAUACCAAUAACAUGGUUACAAUGGUUAUUAACAAUUCUAUCAUCAUUAAUAAGUGGUAGUGUAUUAAUAGUUGCAUUUUGGCCAACAAUUAAUGCUGAUCCAAAACGUUUUAAUGCAAUAUCAAUGUUAAUUAUUCUUUUUGCACAUUUAGUAAUGGCAAUUAGUAUUAUGUUAGUCUUUUUUCAUAUAUCAGAUACAAAUAUUAAUGAAAAAAAAGAAUCAAUUAUGAUCUCAUCAACAAAGAGUAAAGUUUAA